CAGCUCCAGUUCCAUUCCAGCCUGGAAGCUGUUUGAAGCUCCACACAACUGACGGUGUUCUGCCUUUGAGGCCAUUUAAAGGACAAAGAAAGACAGCUCAGCUGUGAUGCCAGAGCCUACAAAGAAAGCAGCAUCAGCUUUUACAAAGAAGCCCAAAACAACAGAAGUCAAUGUGGGAGAAACAGUGGUGUUUGAGGCCGAGACAGAAAAGGCCAACUUGAAGGUGAAAUGGCAACGAGAUGGAGCUGAUAUUACAGCAAGUGACAAGUAUGUCAUCAAAUCAGAGGGUAAAACAUAUUCUCUCACCAUCAAUAAUGUUGUCAAAGAGGACGAUGUUGUAUAUGCUGUCAUCGCAGGCAGCUCCAAGGUUAAAUUCGAGCUUAAGGUGAAAGAGGAAGUGAAAAAGGCGGUUCCUCCUACAGUACCUGCAGCACCUGCUCCUGCUGUGGAACCUCCUAAAAAGGAUGAGCCUCCGGCUGCUGAAACUCCCAAGGAGGGCCAAACCACUGAAGCUCCACCUGCCCCAGAAGAGGCAAAGGACCCCAUUGGUUUGUUUGUGGAAAGGCCAAAGAGUGGUGAAGUAACUGUUGGUGGAGAUAUUGUUUUUGUCACAAAAGUGGCAGGAGAAACAAUGUUGAAGAAGCCUUCCGUGAAGUGGUUCAAAGGAAAAUGGAUGGAUCUGGCCAGCAAAGCAGGGAAGCAUCUGCAGCUGAAGGAGAGUUAUGACAGGAAUGCCAAGAUCUACACAUUUGAAAUGCAUAUCAUAAAGGCCAAGACCACUUACACCGGUGGGUACCGCUGUGAAGUCUCCUGCAAGGACAAGUUUGACAGCUGCAACUUUGAACUUGUUGUCCAUGAGCCUUCAAAUACUGGAGGAGUUGACAUUCGACAAGCCUUCCGCAGAACGAGUGCAGAAGGUUCUGAAGAAGCAGGAGAGCUUGAUUUCAGUGGGCUACUGAAAAAGAGAGACAGCUUUCUGAGAUCCCGAGAAGUCAAAGUAGAAUCUGGACCAGAGGUUGAUGUGUGGGAGAUACUAAAAUCAGCACCCCCUUCAGAGUAUGAGAAAAUAGCCUUCCAGUAUGGGAUCACAGACCUGCGUGGCAUGCUGAAACGCUUAAAGAAGAUGAGGAAAGAAGAAAAGAAAGGCACCGCAUUCCUGAAGAAGUUAGAUCCCGCUUAUCAGAUAGACAAAGGACAGAAGAUUAAGCUAGUAGUGGAAGUUGCUAACCCUGAUGCUGAAAUUAAAUGGUUGAAAAAUGGUCAAGAGAUCCAAGUGUCUGGCAGCAAGUACAUAUUUGAAAGCAUAGGCAACAAACGAAUUCUGACUAUCAACCACUGCUCUCUGGCUGAUGAUGCUGCAUAUGAGUGUAUGGUGGGCGAUGAAAAAUGCUUCACGGAGCUGUUUGUCAGAGAACCACCAAUAUUAAUUCUCCGGCCACUGGAAGAUCAGAUGGUAACAGUCGGAGAGAGGGUUGAAUUUGAGUGUGAAGUAUCAGAAGAGGGAGCCCUUGUAAAAUGGGAGAAGGAUGGUGUUGAGCUCACACGUGAAGAAACUUUCAAGUAUCGGUUCAAGAAAGAUGGCAAGAAACACUGCUUGAUCAUUAAUGAAACAGUCAAAGAAGACAGUGGAAACUACAUGGUGAAGACAAAUGGAGGAGAAUCUGUGGCAGAGCUGUUAGUGCAAGAGAAACCACUUGAAAUCUAUCAGAGUAUUGCUGAUUUAACUGUAAAGGCUAAAGAGCAGGCAGUUUUCAAAUGUGAAGUAUCUGAUGAAAAAGUAAAAGGAGUUUGGUUAAAGAAUGGAAAAGAAGUGAUUCCCAGUGAAAGGAUAAAAAUCAGUCAUGUCGGCAGAAUUCACAAGUUAAUCAUUGAUGAUGUCACACCAGCAGAUGAAGGGGACUAUUCUUUUAUUCCAGAUGGAUUUGCCUUCAACCUGUCAGCCAAGCUGAAUUUCCUAGAGAUCAAGAUUGAUUUUGUGCCCAGACAAGAACCUCCAAAGAUCAAUCUUGAUUGCAAGAGCAAAGGUCCUGAUACCAUUACCAUUGUAGCUGGGAACAAGCUGAGACUGGAUGUGCCAAUUUCUGGAGACCCUGCUCCUACAGUCACCUGGACCAAACUUAAAAAGAGUGCUGAAGGUGUACAGAAGACUGAGGAAAUGGCAGAUCAAGUCAUAGAAGGCCAACAUAUUAACGAAUUGGAAGGAAGAGUCCACGUGGAGACAGACAAGGACCACUCUGUCUUUAUCAUUGAGGGAGCGGAGAGGGGAGAUGAAGGUGUUUAUAAUGUCACGGUGAAGAACCCAGCUGGUGAAGACUCAGCAAACAUCAUCAUCAAAGUGAUCGAUGUUCCUGACCCUCCUGAGUGCCCCAGGAUUACUAGCAUCGGUGAAGACUGGUGUACAGUCCAGUGGUCACCUCCAGCAUUUGAUGGCGGCAGGCCCGUUCUUGGUUAUAUCCUAGAGAGGAAAAAGAAGCAGGGCUAUCGUUGGAUGCGACUGAAUUAUGACCUAUUGAAGGACCUCACCUAUGAAGCAAAGCGAAUGAUUGAAGGCAUGGUGUAUGAAAUGCGAAUCUAUGCUGUCAAUGCCAUUGGUAUGUCCCGCCCCAGCCCUUCCUCACAGCCCUUCAUGCCUAUUGCCCCAACAAGCGAGCCUCAAGGUCUGGUGGUGGAUGAUAUCUCUGACACCAGCAUCUCUCUGAAAUGGAAGCCUCCAGAGAAGAUUGGAGCUGCUGGUCUGGAUGGUUACCUGGUUGAGUACUGCAAAGAGGGCUCUGACCAGUGGGUAGCAGCACAUGAAGGACUGACUGAACGCAAUUCCCUUAGUAUCCGGAAUUUGACUACCGGUGACAAACUGUUGUUCCGGGUACGAGCUAUAAACCUGGCUGGACCAAGUGAACCCGCAACAAUGGGACAGGCAAUUAGCAUCCGGGAAAUCAUGCAGCGCCCCAAGAUCUGGAUGCCCCGAUAUUUGAGACAAACCCUCAUAAAGAAAGUGGGAGAGACCGUAAACAUUGUGAUCCCUUUCCAGGGCAAACCACGACCCAAAGUCACCUGGACAAAGGAUGGUGAGCCAGUGAACUCCAAGGAGAUUAAUGUAAGAAACAGUGACAAGGACACCAUAAUGUUUAUCAGAAAAGCUGAACGGAGUCACUCAGGCAAAUAUGAAGUGGUGGUACAAAUUGAAAACAUGGAGGACAAGGCGCCCAUCGACAUCCAAGUUGUCGACAAGCCCGGUCCACCAGUGAAUGUGAAAAUUGCUGAUGUCUGGGGAUUUAAUGUGGCACUGGAGUGGAACCCACCCAAAGAUGAUGGCAAUUCAGAAAUUACAGGUUACACCAUCCAAAAAGCUGACAAGAAGACAAUGGAAUGGUUUACUGUGUUUGAACACUAUCGACGCACCAACUGUGUAGUGUCAGAUCUCAUCAUGGGUAAUGAAUAUUACUUCCGGGUUUUCACUGAGAACAUGUGUGGUCUAAGUGAGCAACCCACUGCAUCCAAGAACAGUGCUUUCAUCCAAAAGACAGGCACGGUCUACAAGCCACCGAAUUACAAAGAACCUGAUUUCAAUGAGGCACCAAAGUUCACACACCCCUUGGCGUGUCGCUCUGUAGUAUCUGGAUACAAUGCUACAUUAAGCUGUUCUGUAAGAGGAUCACCAAAGCCCAAGAUUACUUGGUACAAAAACAAGGUGAAUAUCAGUGAGGAUCCAAAAUAUCGCACAUUCAGCAAUCAAGGUGUGUUAACCCUAGAGAUCCGAAAGCCUCGUCCUUUUGAUGGAGGUGUCUAUACCUGUAAGGCUGUGAAUGAAAAGGGCGAAGCUGAAACAGAAUGCAGGCUUGAAGUCCGAGUUCCCCAGUAAGAAUAAAGAAUGUGUUUCUUGUCAACCGGAGCUGGAUCCAUACUCUCUAGUUUACAAAAAGAAGAAAGACUAGCAUGGAACUGGAAAAAUAGGGACAAAUGGACAACAUGAUUCACAGUGUUUGUUAACCACAUCACAUGCAAACAUGUCUUCAGUGUCUGAGCUUAUGUUGUGCUGAAUUUUACUACCUUAAGACAAGUCAAAACAGUUUUUAAAAUGCUGCAUAUGUGUGUUUGCUUAAACUGUUGAAGAUGCACUCUGCUUCAAUGGAUAAUACACUGUCUUUCUGUCUGCUUUCAUAUUUAUUUUCUCCAAAAUUACCAUAGCACUUCUGCACAGAAAAAGAGGUAAUUUUCCCAGCAACUUGCAUAUUAUAUUUGAUUGUAUCUGCCUUAGCAAAUGAUUUCCUUACCAGAGGAUACUUCUGUGUUAUUCUUGAAGACGUAACAUCCUCUGAAAGGAGUUACAGUGCAAGAAAAUAAUGAAGCAAAUUACUGAUGAUAAAAUCAAAUUAUUCAGCAUAAGGUGCCAAUAAUACCACGUGAUGAUGGUGAUGAUGAUGGAGAGGAUGAAGGUGAUGGUGAUGAAGGUGAUGAAAAUGAUAAUGCAAGUGAUGAACAUGACUUCAAAAGACUAUAAUUUUUUUGCAAAAUAGUUAUGAUCCAUGUUUUCAUUCCACAGCAAUUAACUCAGUGGUACUUUCUUUGCAAUCUCAGAAUAUCAGUUUGGCCUAAUAAUGUCUAACAUUUUAAAAAAGCCUCUAGACUAAGGAUGCUACAGACAAGUUGCAGGUUCUUGUGCAAUCUGCCAGUGUCUAUCCCAUAAACUUUGUGUACUGCAAGUAAGACACCUGUUCAACAGAACUGCCAAAACUUUCUAGUCAGAUUUUUUUUUUCUCAUAAACAUCUGUUUUCAUAUUAUAGAGUCACAGAUGUUCAUCAUGGCUUUUACUCAUUUGGCAUUCAGACAUACACAAUGUUUACUAAGUGUGCAGAGCUGCAGAUUUACUUUGUGCUGGGUCAUUCAUCUGUUACACUAGUUUAAAACAAAUGUGCAGGAUUAACAGUUAAAAGAGGAUAAUGUACAGUAUACAACUGCUACAGAUGUUCACACAGUUACUAUAUUAAAAUGCAAUCUUUCUGUAAUAUGCCAGUAAACCCUACUGUAUUAUAACAUAUAAUAGUACUGCUUCUGGCUUGUCAGUGUCUCUGAAUGUAUUUGUCUAUUCAGUCAGGCCUUAUACUGCAUACUCACAAUAUGAAGCAGGUUAUUAAAACACUACAACCAA